AGAAAGAAGUCACGUCAACCAGGUGCAUGUCUAAUUGUCUCUUGGAGGUAUCUAAGUGAGGAAUUAGAAACAUAAAUAGUCCUGGAAUCUACGGCUCUUAUCAUUUUCAAGUAUUAGCACAUGGCAACAACUGGUGCACCAGAAUUUCCUUCCACCAAGGACACAGUAAAUUAUGCUCGACUGUGUCGCCUUCUGGUAGACGUUGGAUCCCAGGCCUUGAGAGACACUUUUGAUGCCAUACACCCUCCAGUAGGACUUCAUACAGUUUUGGCGCGUUACCCGGAGCAUGCUAUACUGCAGUCUCUGAAGGCGAAAAAAGUCCUGAAUGCUACACAAUGGGGGAAGCUGUAUCCAACUGUUCCAUCAUCUGUUUCAUCGGCAGACUUUGAUAUCACAUUAUUGAUGGUGCUACUGAGGAAUAUCUGUGGGUUGCUCCCUCCCAGCACUGGAUGGGACAGUCUUUCCUCAGCCACAGAUGUGAGUAAGGAAGCCAACAUAGCCAGGCUGAAAUACUAUCGUAAUACUGUGUACGGCCAUGCCAGCCAAGCCUCUGUGGAUGAUGCAACAUUCAACAGCUACUGGCAGGAUAUCAGCAAUGCCAUAUUAGGACUGGCAGGAGAAGGUUAUGGAGCUGCUACAAGUAAGCUUAAGAAUGAGUGCAUAGAUCCUGAUACAGAAGAACACUACAGGCAGCUGCUAAAGCAAUGGAAGCAAGAUGAAGAUAAUAUCAAAGAAACGGUCAGAGCUAUUGAAGACAAUGUCGAUCAAAUAAAAAGUAAAGUGGGAGACAUUGGUGACAAACUGGAGACAUUAGUGGCACGACAAGAAGUAACAAAUGAACAAGACAAAAUCACAAAUGAUCUCAGUCAAAUGAGAAGUCUGGUUGGAAACCUUAGUGACAAGUUGGACACAUUGAUGGUACAACAAGGAGAAACAAAAAGUGAAGAUGGUUUUGAUCCCAACGAAAUGAUUGAUAACAUUCGCCAACUGUACAAAACCCGCGAAGGUACGAUGAACCUCCUUCCCUGGUGUGAACACUUAAACUUUUCUUUUGGAGAUUUCUACACCAGACUUAAAGUCAUCUACAAAGAGAAAACGAGAGGAACAGCUACGGACCGAGUUGUCACGAUGUCUGAAAUCUUCAACCCGCAUGAAGAAUGUGAAGAACCAAGAGUUGUCUUAAUCGAGGGUAAACCUGGCAUGGGAAAGACAACUUACUGCAAAAAAGUUGUUUUUGAAUGGGCCACCCCCGAAACCGGAAAUUACUUCGCAAAAUUCCUCAUAGUGCUUUUAAUUAAAUGUCGUGAGGUUCAGUCCGACAUUUGGGAAGCCAUUGAUGAUCAACUUCUACCUCGAGAUGUCGAUGAUAACCAAAGAAGGAAAUUCUUUGACUUCAUUCGCCACAACCAAUCUACAAUUCUCCUGGUACUCGAUGGAUUGGAUGAAGUUUCUGAGAAGAAGCUACCAAUGUUUACAGAAAUUAUUCAAGGCCGGGUACUACCAAAUUGUCGCGUGGUUGCUACAGCACGACACGAAAGCGGAGCCAAAGUUCGAAAAUACUGCAACACGCUGCUGGAGGUCGAGGGAUUCACUUAUCAAGAAGCAAAAAGCUUUAUCCACAAAUAUUUCAAAACGAGGAAGGACUUGGCCAACAAGCUUACAGUUCAGCUGCGCGAUGAUCGAAAACUUCGAGACAUGUCAGCGAUUCCCCUGAAUUGUGCGCUUUUUUGCCUGGUCUGGGAAGAUUUGAACGGCGUGUUCCCUGAAAGCAGAUCGGAGCUGUACAUGGACAUAGUGGAGUGUGUACUAAGAAGAUACAGAGCAAAGAAACAACUUCCAGAAAACGGCGAAGACCUUGUUGAACUUUACGAAAGUCAAUUGAUACACCUUGGCUCGAUAGCUUUGAAAGGGUUACUGGAAGCAAACUUGGACUUUGACGAGAAGGAGCUUGGAAAACACAAAGCAAGCGAUUUACCAGGAUUUGGAUUUCUUUCCGUUCAGCCCGGAGGCAGUAAACUCCGAGCUACUAGACGUUAUGGCUUUCUUCACAAGACUUUCCAAGAGUUCUUCGCAGCACUAGAUCUCGGUUUUCGGCUUAUCAAGAAAGAAAUAAGAAUAGAAAGCAUAGCCGCUGACAGACGAUUUUACGAUGAGCUGAAAGAAGUGCUUCUGUUUACAUUUGGCAUUCUCGGGGCACGGUGCAAGGAAACAGCAGAGAACCUUGUGAAAAGUAUGACAACACAUUUAAACCAGGAGGAAGAGAAGGACGUACCUGGUGGGUUAGACUGGGAUAAGGAAGCCGCUGAUAGAAUGAUUGUUAUAUUGGAGUGCAUUUAUGAGUGCAAAAAUGACAACAAUUUCGAUGUAAAAUUGGCCCGCGCUCUUGGCCCUUGCCUUCAGAUUAAAGCCAUUGAUGUUUCACACAGAGGAUUACUGGGAGCUAACGCUCUGUUACUGACCAACGUUCUUAUGUCAAACACAAGUGUGACGGAAUUGAAUUUUUCUUACAAUGAAAUUAGUGAUGAUGGUGCUGCUGCUCUUUCUGAGUGUUUGAAAGAGAAUACAUUUCUGACAAAGUUGGAUUUGUCUCGUAAUAACAUUGGUCAUGCUGGUGCUGCUGCUCUGGCUGAGUGUUUGAAAAAAAAUACAUCUCUGACAAAGUUGAAUUUGUCUCGUAAUAACAUUGGUGAAACUGGUGCUGCUGCUCUGGCUGAGUGUUUAAAAGAAAAUACAUCUCUUACUAACUUGAAUUUGGGUACGAGUAACAUUGGUGAUGGUGGUGCUGCUGCUCUGGCUGAUUGUUUCAAAGAAAAUGCUUCUCUGACAGAGUUGAGUUUGUAUUAUAAUAACAUUGGUGAAGCUGGUGCUGCUGCUCUGGCUGAGAGUUUGAAAGAGAAUACAUCUCUGAUGGCUUUGAAUUUGUCUUCUAAUGAAAUUGGUGAUGCUGGUGCUGCUGCUCUUACUAAGUGUUUGAAAGAAAAUAAGUCUCUGACAAUGUUGAAUUUGGAUGAAAAUAACAUUGGGGAAACUGGUGCUGCUGCCCUGGCUGAGUGUUUAAAAGAAAAUACAUCUCUUACUAACUUGAAUUUGGGUACGAGUAACAUUGGUGAUGGUGGUGCUGCGGCUCUGGCUGAGUGUUUAAAAGAAAAUACAUGUCUGACAGAAUUGAGUUUGUAUGAUAGUAACAUUGGCGAGGCUGGUGCUGUUGCUCUGGCCGAGUGUUUGAAAGAAAAUUCAACCCUGACAAUGUUGAAUUUGGAUGAAAAUAACAUUGGUGACUCUGGUGCUGCUGCUCUGACUGAGUCUUUGAAAGAAAACACAUCUCUGACAGUGUUGUAUCGGCCUUGAAAUAACAUUGGUGAUUCUGGUGCUACUGCUCUGGCUGAGUGUUUGAAAGAAAACACAUCUCUGACAGUGUUGUAUUGGCCUUGAAAUUACAUCGAUGAUUCUGGUGCUGCUGCUCUAACUUCUUCUGUAUCGAAGUGUCAUAUUUCUCUAACCAAGUUGGAUGGGCUUAUCCUAGGAAAUGUAUAUUCCGUCCAAGGAACAAUGUUAAAUAGCGAUAGUGUAACAUAUAAAAGCAGCGAUUCUUGAGUCUGACCCCGGGCAGGGUUAAUGAACAUUAUUAAAAACUGGAUCAUUGGAUAAUGCAAUUCAAGACUUUUGAUUGGCUUACCAUCAUGGUA